GUGCAGUUGUUUUUACCUGUCCGAAGUGCAAUAAUGUUACCCACAUUCAACUGUACGCUAUGAGCAUCGCGAAUACAAAACAAUGGGGUGUAAAGAAACCUUAAGAGAGUUGUUUUCCUUUAAGACGUCGGUGGUGUUUUGGUUGGUGCCUAUUGCAGCCUGUCCUCUACCGAUCUCCUAUGCAUGGACGGAGUUCUACAUGCCAGCAGCAUGUGCCUACGUCAUCAUCAUCAUGGCGGCUUAUUGGAUGUUCGAAGUGGUGCCAUUGGCUGUGACGGCGCUCCUUCCCAUGAUCCUCUUCCCGGUGAUGGGGAUCCAACCGUCAUCAGAAGUCUGUUUGAACUACUUGAAGGACAAUUCAGUGUUGCUCCUUGGAGGGUUGCUGGUGGCUAUCGCAGUGGAGAAGUGUAACCUGCACACGAGGAUCGCACUCAGGAUCCUGCUGCUGGUCGGAUCAGAACUGCAGUGGGUGAUGUUUGGCUUCAUGGCCGCCACGGGGCUGUUGUCCAUGUGGAUCAGUAACACUGCCGCCGCCGCCAUGAUGACCCCCAUAGGUCAGGCCGUGCUGGACCAACUCUUCAGCGAAGAGAGAAGGCGGCAGCAGGAGGAAUCUGACGAUGAAUGUUCUCCAUUAAUAAUCACUGACGAAGACAUUGAAAACAACCACCAUAUUGUUCCAAGCUCAACCUUAGAGAAUGGACACCAUCCGGUAAUGACUGAUUAUGAGUCAAUCGCUGAUAUCGCUGUUCAACCUCUGGACGAAGCAAACAUCUCCGUAGAUCUUGAAACAGACAGUAAACCUGUUGGGACGGAACACGAGUCUGUCCGUCAACUGAAGAUGAGGAAAGCCAUGUUGCUGUGUGUUGCCUACGCCGCUAACAUCGGCGGCAUCGCCACUCUACCAGGGACGCCUACCAACAUCAUUGUUGCCGAGCAGGUGCAAAUUGCGUUUCCGGACAGUCCUGGGAUCGACUUCGCCACGUGGUUCUUCUUCGGAUUCCCGGUCGCAAUUCUCUGCCUUCUUCUAGCCUGGUUAUGGCUUAUCAUCAUCUUUGUAGGGUGCAGAGUCUGGUGCCGGGCAGAGAAAAACAAAGGCGCUCAGAGAGUUAUCCAGAAAGCUUACAACGAUCUUGGAAGCAUGACAUUUGCAGAGAAAGCCGUCCUGUUCCACUUCAUUUUGCUCGUCCUUCUCUGGUUCUUCCGAGACCUCAGCUUUGUGAAGCUGGAGAACGGCAGGGUGGCUGGGUGGACUUACUUCUUCAGGGAAAAAUAUGUGACGGACAGCACGCCGGCCGUUAUGGUGUCCUUCGCGCUGUUUUUCUUCCCAUCCAAGCUACCGAGGUUCCUGUGUUGCAGAAGACAAUCCGACAAAGCCAGACCCGGUCCCGUACCAGCUUUACUAGACUGGCGGUCAGUGCACGAGAAAAUGCCGUGGAACGUUCUACUGUUGCUAGGGGGUGGCUUCGCACUUGCGGACGGGGUUGGGGUGUCUGGUUUGUCCACCUGGCUGGCGGAACAGUUCACUCGGCUGGAGGGGGUGCCAGGUUGGGCCAUCUGUGUCCUGGUCUGCGUCUUUAUUGCCCUGUUCACGGAGGUGGCGAGUAACACGGCUUCCGCCAGCAUCUUUCUCCCUAUCUUAGCAAAAAUGGCCGAAGCACUCUGUGUGAACCCAUACUUUCUGAUGGUCCCAGCAGGUAUUGCGGCUUCAUUCGCCUUCAUGUUGCCCGUGGCAACGCCUCCAAACGCCAUCGUCUUCGGGUAUGGGAAACUGACAGUGCCGGACAUGGCAAAGGCAGGCCUCGCCAUGAACAUCUCUUGCCUUUUGGUGCUGCUGAUCUUCAUCAACACCCUGGGUAUCCCGGUCUACAAUGUCAACUCGUUCCCAGAGUGGGUACCAAGCUGGCCGAUUUGCAACGCCAGCAACAUUACAGUGCCGAACACUACCACAACUGCUAUGUUUACGUUCUGAGCUUAGGAUAUUGAAGUUUUCUUUUACACAAUCAUUUUUGUCCUACUUGCUUAUGUUUCGAUGUCUGUCAGACAUCUUCCUCAGGGCCUCUAAAGCUAAGGGCACAACCCGCCGUACGUGCAAAUACAUGCUGUCUAG